AUGAUGGAUUACUCGUAUCUAAACCAGCCGUCGUUCGACGCCACGAACUGCGGUCUACCCGGGAUGGAGACGUCACUUCAGAACUGUAAUAUUCCGUGUUCCUACGGCGACUCCGGCCCGUUCGGCCAGAUGGGUCAGACGUACAGGUACAACGGGGUAAGGACAUUCCCGAGUGUGACGAACCCGAAUUUAGCCGGAACCGGCAGCUGCAGCAUGGUUCCCCGACCCAGAGAACACCCUCAGCCUCCCGUCUUCCCGUCUGAUAAUUGUAAACGAUACAGACAGACAGACACAACACAGACAAACAAGCACACUUCGUAUGGUGACUCUCUCCUGUUAUUGUCAGGUCUCCCCUACAAAAUGUACCAGCACGCGCACGAAGCAUCCGUCAACCCAGAGAAGCGGAAACAACGAAGGAUCAGAACUACUUUCACAAGCGCACAACUUAAAGAGUUGGAAAAAGCUUUCGCCGAAACACACUAUCCGGAUAUUUAUACGCGGGAAGAAAUAGCAAUGAAAACGGACCUGACAGAAGCACGUGUUCAGGUGUGGUUUCAAAAUCGCCGAGCGAAAUUCCGAAAGAUGGAACGAAUGAAACAGCAGCAGACGUCACAACAAAACGGAACGACUAAAGAAUCCAACAGCAACAACAGCACGAGCAACAACAACAACAACAACAAUAACAAUAACAACAACAACAUAAACAAAGACAAAUCAAAACCUCUGGAAGAAACAACAGUAAAGAAUGAGGCACCGAAGUGGAACAGCCCACCCCCUCCCGCCAUCAACAAAACCAGCAACCAAAUUCAACACCAGACGACACCGCCAUCUUUGCACGGACCUUAUUCCGGGGUGCUCGGCCCAUCAGAGGCUCAUUAUAACCAGGUCACCUCAAUGGACAAACCCGGUCACGUGGCAUCUGGAUUGCUCUUCUGAAAAAAAGAUAGAAAACCAUGAAAAAAGAAAAAAGAAAACAAACAAAAACUUAAAUAUCAAUGAACAUGAGAGAAUGGCAUGGCCAGUUGUGCUAAAUGGAUUGAAUGAACUGUGAAUUAUUUCAGACUGCUGGAAAUAUGGUUUAAGGACAAUUUCGUCUCAGCUUAGCUAAGAUUUAUUGAUAUGUUACAGCACUGAAUAA